AUGGGUUUGCUAACUUCAGUAAUUGGCUUUGCGUUUUGGCUGACGGUGAUUAACGGAGUGGAAGCUACGACGGAUGUUCGUUUAUUCGGUGGAAGGACACCUAACACCGGUCGCCUCGAGAUCAAAUACAAUGGCGAAUGGGGAACGGUCUGUGAUGAUGGAUUCGACAACGCAAGCGCCAAGGUCGUCUGCAAAAUGAUGGGAUUUACUGACGUCAGUCAUGCGAGGUUUAUUCCGCCAUCGGUGUACGGCCCUGGGACGGGAACGAUAUGGCUUGAUGACAUCAAGUGCUUUGGUAACGAAACCGACAUUGCCGACUGCCAACACAGCGAAUGGGGAAAAAGUGACUGCAACCAUGACGAGGACAUAGCAGUUGAUUGCCAAACACCCACUCGCCUGUUUGGUGGAAAUGCGCACAAAGGUCGAGUAGAAUUACAAAUAGAUGGAGAAUGGAACUCACUUUGUAAGGACACAUUCAGAACGACUGAGGCCAAGGUGGUCUGCUCAAUGCUUGGCUUCAGUGCCAGUGGUGCAGAAUUAUAUACUUCGAGUUCCUCACAGUCCUUGGUUUCGACAACAUCGUACGUGUGUAAAGGCGAGGAACAAGACUUGAGCAUGUGUAAUAUGGUCGAAACUAACUGUUCAUCUAGCAUCUCUGCUGGCAUCAAUUGCAAAACGCCUAUUCGCCUUGUCAACGGAACCGGUCCACAGUCCGGCAGAGUAGAACUUAAAUACAGAGGACAAUGGGGAACGAUAUGUGACGACAACUUUGAUGAUUUGGAGGCCAACGUGAUAUGCAACAUGCUUGGAUUUAGCGGGAAAAACGCCAAAGCGCACAUUGGUGCCUAUUACGGCGAAGGUCAAGGUGAUAUCAUCGUUGACGAGCUGCGUUGCGUUGGAAUCGAAGAAGAUAUUUCUGAAUGCAAAUCAAGCGAUUGGUUGUCACCAACGAACUGCAAUCACAACGAGGAUGCUGCCGUAGAAUGUUUCUCAGAACUUCGUCUUCAGGAUGGUCCUGCCAACUUUGUGGGUCGACUUGAAAUACUUAAUAAGACUAGUUGGGAAACGUUGUGCUCUGACAGUGUCGAUAAUCAUACUGCUUUAGUGUUUUGCAACACUCUUGGAUUUGAAAGAGGAAAUAUCUCAGUAUACAACGACGGCCGAUAUGGGAAUGGAACACGAAAACAAUUUGGUUAUCAAUGCGUUGGAAAUGAAACCGACAUCGCAAACUGCAAAUAUACCGAUGUUGCCGAUUCCUGCACCUCUGACGUUGGAGUAAAUUGCUUUUCAAGAUCUCCAGUUCUUGUAAAAGGAGGACCAACUUUCAUGUCUGGCUAUGUUGAAGUAUACUUAUAUGGCCAGUGGUAUGGCAUCAGAGAAGACUCUUUUAGAAAAGAGGAUGCUAUGGUUCUCUGCACAAGUCUUGGAUUCCCUACUGAGCAACCCGGAAGAUGUUUCGGUAGUCUCGGUUGCCAUGGUAACGAAACAGACAUUACGGAGUGUAUUCCAACCAGUGGAAAGUGGUAUAAAGGAAGUUGCAAUUCUGACUAUGAUUACAUCGGAAUCAACUGCGGGAGGAACACAAUAUAUCGCUUGACUGAUGGCCAUUCUAUCAAGUCUGGACGAUUAGAGGCUCUGUAUAAUGGCACGUGGCUUGGAAUAUGCACGAAUAACUAUUUUACAACGUUUGAAGCAAACAUGAUUUGCAAUAAAAUCGGUUUUACCCAAAGUGGAUACGUAUUGUCACAGAGCUCCUCCAAAACAGCACCAGUUAUUUCUAACCUUAGAUGUGAUAAAACUGAGGAAGACUUCUCCGACUGCAAAUCCAAUAUUUGGGGGCAGAACGUUUCUUGCGCACAUAUUCAAAUCUCUUGCAACAGUAGUGUUCGUUUGGUGAACGGGACAAGUGAACGUUCCGGACGAGUUGAAGUCCGUCACCAGGGGCAAUGGGGAACUAUAUGUGCGAAUGAUUUCGACAAUGAUGAUGCCGAUGUUGUGUGCCGGAAAGCCGGAAUACGUUUAUGGAACGCAUCUGUUUUGCCUGACUCACCAUUUGGGACGGGGAAUUUGUCCACCAUUAUCAAUAGCACUUCUUGCACGGGAGGAGAGUGGGAUUUGUCAGCUUGUACAACAUCACCUUGGCAAGAAACUAUGUGCAACGGCACGGAAGUGGCUACGGUGCAAUGUGGAGUUUUAUACUCACCCAUCCGUCUUGUUGGAGGCAAAACUGAUUUUGACGGUGAAGUUCAGAUAUAUCAUCAGAAUUCAUGGAGUAAAAUCGGUUCGUUUUCCAGCAAAACAAAUGCCGACCUUAUAUGCUCACUCCUCCGAUACAAUUUUUCGAGUGACGCAUUGCCUUCAUCGAAGAAUUACUCUUCAACAACGUCCUAUCUGCUGGACAAUCUAUACUGUAACGGCAAUGAGGCAGCCAUUUCACUUUGUUCAUCUUCUGACUGGGGCAACCACAGAACUAGCGGAUGGUCUUCGGCUGUAGUAAACUGCUUAUCCCCAAUUGAGUUGAAAGGUGGUCUUACAUCGUACAUGGGAUAUGUUAAACUAAGAAACAAUCGAAAAGAUGGUUACCUUUGUGCUGAAGAUCUUACACCUGAAAACGAAGUUGUUAUGUGUAACAUGCUUUCUUUCUCAUAUGCACAGCAACACGUGAUCUCGGGCAUAGAUGUUUUCAAGCCAUCCUUUUCAACUCCUGUUUAUGUCAAAAACAUUACAUGCGACGGCGAUGAAAAAGAUUACCAAUUGUGCAAGUCAGCGGAAUUGCAGUCGAUGAGCUCCUGUGCGAGUGGAAAAUAUGCCUUUGUCCGAUGCAAUACUCCAGUACAACUCGUCGAACAGAUUAACAGCUAUACGGGUACAGUCGAAGUACACAAGAAUGGUGCAUGGAACAGAAUUUGCCACAGCGAGAGUCACACUUAUAAUAUUAACAAUGCGAAUGUACUGUGUUUUAUGAUGGGAUUAAGUAGCAGGUCUGCUAAAGUUUGGAAUACGACGUUAGAUGAAGACCAAUCAACGAUAGGUGUGAACUGUAAUGGAAGGGAAAACGAUGUAUCUGCUUGCACCGUGAGCAACUCGACCUGCUCGGAAGUGCUUGCUAUAUCCUGCCCCACGUUCAUGGAGCUAAGGAACGGCCGAACAAGUUACAUGGGGCACAUUUGGGUAGAUAUUGGCCGAUCACAAGACUACGUCUACAGCGUAGAUGCGGCAAGAACCAUAAUGGCUGUGUGCAAGAUGUUGAACAUGAGUUUUACAAGGCAGCUUGGUCGAAUUUAUCAGCUAAAAUGUGCAGGAAAUGAAAGCGACAUUGUUGAAUGUGUCAAUAGCACAACAGAGGACACAACGUACCGAUAUACAAACUACGGAAUUAAUUGCCAGACGCCGAUUCGAUUUGUUGAUGGUAUUAACCAUAUCCAGGGAACACUGCAAACCAAAAUCAACCACACAUGGUAUCAAGUAUGUUCGGAUGGAUUCGAAGAAAAUGACGCAAUUGUGAUAUGCCGCAUGUCUGGUCAUUAUCAUGCUAGGAACGCUACAUUUUCCACUAAAGAAAGCAACGACUCAUCAAUCCUUGGCAACUGGAAGUGCAAUGGAGAUGAAGUUGACGUAUCUGAAUGUGCUUAUUACAGCGAAUCGGUCGGCACAUGUUCCUCUCGGAAGAUUAUAGAAGUUGACUGCAGAGCAUUGGUGCGUAUUGUUGACGGACCUUCUCCAACCAAAGGGCGAGUAGAGGUGUUCUACGGUGGUCAUUGGGGACCGAUAUGUAGAGGAAGUGUGUCAUCCAAUGAGGCUCACGUCAUAUGUCGCUCUGCAGGCUAUAGAUAUACGAAUGGAACCAUAAAGAAUGUUAACACAUACACUAAUAAAACUUUCGACAAUCAUACCAUAACAAAUCUGGUCUGCACUGGAUAUGAAGAUGAACUUACGGAAUGUAAGUCAAAUGAAUGGACACUUGGGUCAUGUGGAUAUAUCUACCCUCUUGAAAUUGAAUGCAAGACUACCGUCGAAUUAGUUAGCGGUGUAAAUAAAUAUUUUGGACGUGUCCGUCUCAUAUUUCGGGACAUUUAUAGAAAUAGCUAUGGCAGCGUAUGUGCGGACGAUUUUGAUUCUAAUGAUGCAGAUGCUAUAUGCGGCUUUGUUGGAGCACCAACUAACGGGAGCGCUCUUGUUUUCGCCAAUAACAAGUUUAACACUGAAAGAGGCUAUGUAAUUGAAAACCUAGAAUGCAAUGGAAACGAAGAAGACAUUCAGGAAUGCAAGUCUUCACCGUGGUUUUCUGGAGAACAGACUUGCAACUCUUCAAAUGUAUCAGUUUCAAUUAACUGUAGACCGUUUACACCCAUUCGCUUGUCUGGGUCCAGCAAUUCAACAGGUGCUGUAGAAGCAUUUUAUGAUGGGAGUUGGAGAACAUUCUGCAAAAGUUACUUUGGAUAUAAAGAGGCUGCAGUCAUUUGCAGGCGUUUAAACUUCAAAGUCGGAGAACCAUUGAGUUAUUAUGGCAGUGGCUUCAUUAACACUCUUCGGUGCACGGGAAUAGAAUCAGAUAUUACAGAAUGUGGUAAUCCCUAUUUGUGGGGUUCCUCCACUUGUUCCAGUGGCAGUAAUAGAAGGGCUGGUGUACAAUGCAGCAAUAACCGCGUACGUCUACAAAGCGGCAUUAACAGAUAUCAAGGACGAGUUGAAUUUCAGUAUUACGGAGUAUGGGGAACUGUCUGCCACAAACAUUUCGACAAAUACGAAGCUCAAGUUAUAUGCCGAUUGGCGCAUGUUCCUGGAAAUCAAACUGCAACAAUAUAUGAGCGCUUAAAGUAUGGCCAAGGCUCCGGAUCGUUGAUUGUGGAAGAUUUAAAUUGUACCGGGACUGAAGAUGAUUUGGAUGAAUGCGAGUCAUUUCCUUGGUUUGAGAAUUCUUCACAACCGCCAUGCAAUAACCAUCUCUAUGACGUUGGAAUCAAUUGCCGCCCGAAAACACCAAUACGUUUGGUGAAUGGAACAAAAGCGACAAACUAUUCAGGACGGGUAGAAAUCGAAUAUGAAGGAGAAUGGGGGCCGAUUUGUGACAUGUCCUUUGAUGCAAAUGAUGCAAAGGUCAUAUGCAGAAUGCUGGGUUAUAACACUGAGAGCGCUAGCUAUCACGGCAAUGCAUAUUACGGAACAGGAAAUAGCAGAGCUAUUGUUUCUAACCUCUACUGCCUGGGUCAUGAACAAGAUAUUUCCGAAUGCAAUGCCGGCUAUACAUGGUCUCAGAUUCACCCACAUUGCUCUGCUGUAAACAAUUUGGCUGUACAGUGUAACACACCAGUUCGUGUUAACAACGCAUGGACGUUGUAUUUGGGUGUUGUUGAGGUUUAUAUCCGAGGUUCUUGGAGAGGAGUUUGUAAAGAUAAUUUCACAAAGGAUGAUGCAACAACAAUUUGCAAUAUCGCUGGCCUACGAGAUAAUUAUACUGGGGAAGUGGAAGUAUAUGAUGCCUCUAAGUUCGGGUUUUCGCAUUCAUAUACACCACCUAUAAUAGGAGGGUUCAACUGCUCUGGCGAUGAAGAUGAUUUGUUUUUCUGUGGUAAUGGUGAAUGGGUCGAAGAUAAUUUCGAUUGCCCUAGUGGCAUCAACGUGGCCGUAAACUGCAGAGCUGAAACCCCAAUAGCAUUAAAACGAACCGCCCCUGACAUGCCUUCAGUUAGAGGGCUAGUAGAGAUACAGUACCGAAAAUACCAAGAUGGAACGUACCAGCCUCAUUGGGGUACGAUAUGUGACGAUAAGUUUGGUGACAACGAUGCGCUUGUGCUAUGCAGCAUGAUGGGAUUUGAUUAUGGAUUGGUGGAUCGAAGUCCCGACAUCAUGGAAGAUUAUAAACCAGGUGAUAUCCUAAUCGAUGAACUAGAAUGCAUUGGUUCUGAAAACGAUGUGUCUGAAUGUCCUGCAAGCCAAUGGUCCAAACACGACUGUAACCACGAUGAAGAUGUGUACAUAAAAUGUGAUUUCUCGAUCGACAUAGACCCAUGCUCAAAGGAAGUAUAUAAACGAUUGCCAAAUCUUGAGAUGCGAGUACUUAAUUUCAAAGCAACCGACAAACCAAUUGAUGACAGUAAAUUGUCCCCCGGCUGGUAUUUCGUUGGUAAUAAUACCAUGCUGAAUGAAGAGCCACCGUUCAAUCGAUGUGGAACCCAUCUCCCUAUAUACUCAACAAAUGCACCUGUUUACAAUGGAACAGAGAACGCGACUCUUCGAGUCAUCGGCCAUUCUGAUGUCAGUUUUAAAGUAGAUGUUAAGCAAUGUAAUAAUGAGUUCUUUGUGUACAAACUACAGCCAACCAAUAUUCCAAAGAGUGCCUAUUGCUUUGGAAUUGGAUCUGAAGUUCCGCCACCUGCUUUUGUUGCGAGUACUGUUGGGACUAUUUUACAGUAUUCAGAAAAUGCCUUGUGGUUUCAAUGUAAAUUUGAUCCCGAUGAAGAAAACGAUUUUUUUUACCAAGUUCAGUGGACAAUAAAUGAAAACUCGGAACACCAUCUCAUAAAAGAGUAUUGUUCAAAAGGAGAUCUUCGUCCAUGUUUUCUCAUGCAUGACGAUUUGUACUCACUGAACGUUGGAAUGGGAGCAAACAUUUCGUGUGCUGUGAGGGCAUUCAGUGAACCUGGAGGACAGCCAGGACAACUUUCACAGUUUUCCAGCCCAUACUUCGUCGGGAUUACAUUGUUCACGCCGUCGUUAACUUUACGACGUGGAGAAACUAAAGCUAUUGAAUUUGAACUUUCAAUACCAAUAGUUUGUGACCUUCUGCCGCCGGAACUCUGCAGAAUCACAAUCGACUAUUUCACUCCGGACUAUGGAACUUGCCCAGAUGCGGAAGCUAGUUUUCCCAAUGGCUGCCGAUUAUUGGUGUCCAGCAAUGUGGCUCGCUCUAGACAUCAUGUGAAUGUUAGCGCGGCAGAAAAUGGAAAUUACGGUGUUGCAGGAAAGUUCACUCUCCAUUUGCAAGCUUUUCGGGCUAACGGGAUAAUAUUUCUGUGGAAAACCUACAAAUUACCAUCAAUCAAGGUGGAUGUUCUACCUGAAACGGAUCGAAACUGGCGGGGAAAAGUCUGCUCUGCUAGAAACGAUCCGCAUAUGUACACGUUUGAUGGAAGGGCAUAUGAACAUCAUGCCGACGAAGGUGACUACACUCUCUACUCUCACCUGAUGUUCAAAGAAGCAGAGAUUCAGCAUAAAAUAGCCUACUGCACCAAUUCAAACAAUCCCGCCAAAUGCAACUGCGGUCUUGCUGUAAGAGCGGGUCGAGACGUAUACGUAAUCAACGUUUGCAACGGAUACAUUGAUAUUGGAUACAGACAAUGUUGGGACAAAUCACUUACAGUGAAAAAGGAAAACGAUUUCACAUAUACCAUUUAUAUGCCAUACGGAACUGCUGUUCGAGCCCGAAUUGACAACGCCCCUUUUAUGGGUGAAGAGGGAGGAAGGGUGCUUGAUAUUUCUAUACUUCCUUCGGUGCAAGACAGAGAAGGAAAUAGUACAGGACUGUGUGGUUCCCUUAAUGACAACAGUGUUGAUGACUUUGACAAUGAAACACAAUUCAUAAAUGAGUGGAAAGUUCCUCAGGAUCGGUCUUUGUUUACAACUGAUGUAUAUCAUAGAGAACUGCCACCUUGGGAGUUUCCACUUUGUGUUUGUAAGAAAAAUGGAGGUGCCAAUGCUUACUCCUGUGAAAAGAGCACGAGCGGAUGUUCAAACGGUAGAACGACUGGAUACCAUACUUGUAGUGAAAUAACGAAUCAUCGAUCAGUUCGAUCUCUUGGUAGACGUCCUAAGAUUCCUCUCGUGAAAAUACCCGUCUAUAGGCGAACCAAGGUAAAUUUAAGAGCAGCAGCGCAAACAUACAAUGAAAAUCAGGCAAGGAUUGUUUGCAAUGGAAAUUUUAGAAAUUCUAGUACGUUCGAACAAUGUGAAAAACUCCCUUCUACGCUCACAAAUAUUUCAAUGGAUAACUGUAUCAAAGAUGUUAUGUUAAUGAACAACACUGAAUGGGCUUCAAUUGCGAGACAAUCCAUGCAAGAAACCUGUAAAACGGCUGUAAGCAGGAACGAAAGUGUGGUCGAAGAAAUUAUCAAGACAAAGCAGGACGAACUUCAGAAUUCAACAAACAGUGCCAACAAUGCCCAUUUACAAGCAGAAUUGAAUGCAUUAAAAGAAGUACAGACACUUGUAGGGGAUAUUAAGCUCCAGUGCUUAAAUGAUUGCUCUGGAAAAGGCACUUGCUACCUGGGCGCGUGUCAUUGUGAAGACGGUUUCGGAGGUAGCGACUGCUCUAUCGAUCUAAAUACCCCACCGCAGUUAAGUGGGUUGCUUGAAGAAGGACUCUGCGAUGAAGAUGUAUACGUUUGCACUAACGUGUAUGUUUUUGGCGGAAUAUUUGCAGGAACCAAUAUCACUUGCAAAAUGGAUAAAUUUAGUUUGGACAUAAAUGGUACAGAGCAUGCAUAUGGCUCUGUUACUGCCCCAGGGGAAGCAGAAAGUAUUGCAGAAACUAUUUGUCCUGUCGGAAGAAUAUCAUCCAUCGAUGUUAUGAAUAAGUUUGUUGAGGGAAUCAGAGUGUCCGUUAGCAACGACGGGCAAUAUUUUAGCAACGACUCCAGGACAUUUUACAUGUAUAACUCACAGUGCCAGACGUACACUCGCGACAAUGAUUCGGACGUUGAUUUUAAGUUUGAAUUAAAGCAAGGGUACUGUUAUAUUAAUGGACAAUGCUACGUUAACGGAACGAUGCAUUCGAGCCUACCGCUACAAUGUGACCCAAAUACAAGUACAACAAUGUGGACUGAAACCACACACAACCUUUCUUCUCCACGAGAUUGUAACGAACCGAAUCAAUGUGCGAAUAUUGCUAACACAGUUUGCGAAAUGAAAAAUGGAUCUUCUGAAUGUGAGUGUGUCAGGGGUUAUAAAACACACGACAACGGGACCUGUGUAGCUUCCAAUGAGCCACCCAUCACGGAAAUUAUAGCAAACGUUUCUGAAAAGUUUGAUAAACACAAAGCGAGCAUUAGGUUAGACUACACAUUACGGCCCGGAGAGAACCUUAAUGCAUCGACGACUUACAAGAUGUAUUUGCAAGAACUAACGGAAAGGUUAGAGGAUGAGUUCCGACUGGAAGUUGGAGCUGGACUCAAACGAGUAAUCAUUGUAUCACUCAGAGAAGGAAGUUUAAUCAUCGAAUUUGUCAUAGUGUCAACAAAAGAUGAUUUCGUGCAAAGGACAUUAUCCCUUGCUUUGGUCAAACUCAGCCAAUCUUCCAGUUUUGAAGUAUUUGGUCAAAAAGCAACUGUCUUGAGAGUUGGUGUUGGAGAAAACGAUGUUUUGAUUAUAUCAACUUCCGCCGGUGUACUGCUUCUAUUCGUUAUUUUGGUGUUGGUUGUCGUGGUAUGCAAACGGCAGAAUAAGAAAAGACACAACCAACCUAUCGGAAGUUUGGAGCCAAAACACAAGGACAAUGUGUACAGGGACGUGCAUGAUAUUGCACUGCAAACACUGAGGCAAGAACAUGAAUCCUGUAAAAUCCCGCGACCGAUGUUGUCUGGUUCCCAGCUUGCCUUUGAGAAAGGCAUUAAGGAUAGUACGCAUACUUACAACGGGACCGCGUACAAUAGAUCAAAUCAUGCAACCGACGGUGAUAGGUACGAGUAUCUCCCUGUGGACGAUCGUGGAACUUACUACAACGAAGGAUUACGUAACUAAGACAAGACAUGGAUCUUACUACAUCGAAGGAUUUCGUAACUAGGACAAGACUUGGACUUUGAAAAACCCGUUUUGUUUAUGGACCUUAGUUCUAGAUACUAUAUAUUUGAACUGCUUUGCUAACUAUG